AUGGUGGUGGUGGUGGAUCACGAUGAGGAUGGCGGGCUCAAGAAGAAGGCGGGCGACAACCACAAUGCCGGGCCAGACCUGGUCGCGGCCUUGGCCACCUUCGGGGCGGUCCGGCGGAGGAAGAGGAUGGCCAGGCUCAGGCGACCUCACGUCAGCUUCCUCACCUUCCCCCGCGUCUCCGCCUCGCACGUGCCGGAUUGCCCCCUCCUCCUCCAGCCCCGCGCACGUGAAUUCGAUCCACGGAGUCUAAGUUUCCUCUUCCAAAAGGAGCUCAAGAACAGUGAUGUGAGCUCCCUGAGAAGAAUGAUACUCCCAAAGAAAGCAGCAGAGGCUCAUCUUCCUGCGCUAGAAUCCAAGGAGGGUAUUUUCAUAAACAUGUAUGAUCUGGAUGGUCAACACACGUGGAGCUUCAAAUACAGAUUUUGGCCUAAUAACAACAGUCGAAUGUAUGUCCUUGAGAACACCGGGGAUUUUGUGACCACGCAUGGGUUACAAGUAGGAGAUUUCAUCAUGGUGUACCAAGACUGUCAAAAUCACAACUAUGUGAUUCAGGCCAAAAAAGCUUCUGAAGAAGAUGUUUAUACAGACAUCGCCAAGAGCACCAUCAGCGACCUACCUCUUCAAGACCACGACGAGAUGAACAAUAACAUCAACUCCUUCGAAGAGACUUACCCUACCAUCGAUCACGACGUGGAGAUGUCAUUCGUCUAUGACACCAGCUUCUCCAAUGACUCUCCACUCGAUUUUUUGGGCGGAUCCAUGACCAACUAUGCUAGGAUCUCUCCGCCGGAAAGCUUCGGUACGGUUGAGAACUGGUGCUUCGAUGACUUCUGCUAA